AUGUCUGAUCUGAAAAACUUGAAAGUAGCUGAUUUACGUGAAAGACUAGCUGAAAAGGGGCUCUCCACGAACGGAAAUAAAAAUGAAUUAGUUGCUAGACUGACUGGCUCAGAGGAAGGAAAGCCUGAAGCAUCAAAGGAGGAUGCUAAUAAAAACAACGAUGCUGAUUUAGGUGAUUUAGCUCCCCCCGAGGAUGACAUUGAUUGGGGAGAUAUGGACAAUGAUACUGCUGCCGUGGAAGAACCUUCCAAGCCUUCAGAAGAGGAAGCCCCCAAGACUGAAGGAGAGCCUGCAAAUGAAGAAUCGACCGAAGAUCAGCAAAAGGAAAAACCAGGUGCUUCAGGAUCGAGCGAAAAGCCAGAGCCUAGCACUGAAGAGUCAACAGCAGAUGAUACGAAAGACUUCCAAAACCCUGAGUUAUUGGCAGCUGAGCAAGCUAAGCUUGUAGAACGUGCUAAGCGAUUCGGACUGCCAAUGAAUGAUGACCAGAUAAAAAAGGCUGCUCGUGCCACUCGGUUUGGUGUACAAACCACACCUGUUGCUGAACAAAUGAACGGGGAGUUAUCUCGUUCCCGUAAAGGGCGUUUGGAUAAGCGUGGAAGGCAAAAAUUUCGUCAACAGCAUCAGAACCAGACGACUGGACAAAAACGCAAAAGCUCAAUCCUGGAAGAUCCAGCUGAAGCAGAAAAAGCCAAGAAGCGUGCUGAACGUUUCAGCAGCGCUUCUAGCAAAUAA